AUCUAACACAAGAUUAUCGGCUAUUUUAUCUACCGCUGUUCAGUUAUAUUUAUUCUUUAACGGAAUAAUAACAGGGACAGAAUUAAUUGAAUUGUAAAAUCGAUAAUCGGCUUCGUAAAUAUUUUAAUACCUCUGAUAUUGAAUCUUUUUUUUUCUAAAUACAUAAAUACAUACUGUACCUUGGACAGUCAAUAGUGUUAUAUAGCGAGUAUGUUUUAAAAAAAAUAACAAUUUAAAAAAAAACAGUGGAUGCUUAAUAUAAAUUAAUACAGGUGAUAAGACAUUUUUUUUGCGUGGAAAGUAAUAGAAAGUGUUUGUUGGAGUUUUAUUUCUAUUGGCAACAUGGAAGUGGCAAUGAGACAUGACGUCACGCUUAGAGAGGAAUAUUUACUGAAAAUAUGGGAUAAUUAUAUACAAGACAACUUAAUUGAAUCGACACCUUGCAAAGCUGCAAUCUAUGACUUUAGAACCAGAAGACCAAUUGUUGCUAGUGACAAAUUCUAUCUUUUCGAAAACGAGGUUUAUAACAUAGCGGAGGGAUUGAAAAAUAACGACACUGUUUUCAAGGACGGUAUAACUAUUCAGAAUCGACAUUACAUGGUACGGUUCUCAGACGGUAAGAACGGAAUUUACGCAACUGACGGCGAUGACGGUUGUACCGUGUGUAAAACGUCAACGUUGUUGAUAGUCGGCGUUCAUGAUGCACGAGUGAAAAGUGAUGUUUGCAAUCUGGAAAUUAUGAAAGUUGGUGAUUAUUUUAGAAAAUUGGGAUUAUAAAUCUUUCUUCGAAUAUCAUAGAAGUUGACUACACAAUAAAACAGUAGGAAGUUUUUAGACUAGAGUUGGAUUAAAUCAACAGUGGCGGAUCGGUUUUGUGGCCAUGAACAUAAUAAUUAUACGUAAACGUAGAGCAAACGUAUAUAAUUGUCUGUAUAUUUGUAUUCUAAUAUACAAAUUUUCAUCGAACAAUUGCACAUAAUAGAAUCUAAACUUUUAAUCGAUAUUUUCUACUUUACUGUAGACAGUUUUCUGUAAGCUUCUUACUUUAUAUACAUAACCUAUUGUAUGUCAAUUCUUCUUAAGCCUUACAUUUGUGAAAUUUCAUUUGUGUUCUUACAAUUCUUAAGUAUAAAAAGUAAAUAAAACUGUUAAAUAUUAAAUUGGUUUUCAAUUCA